UAAUUUUAGCUUAAAAAUGGAGCAUUUUCGUGUAUCGUUAUUUACAUUUUGCAUGUCUUUUGUCUGUUUCUUCCUUUCCACCCAAGGGAGAUGGCAUCAUCACCAUACUAAACAGAAACAUCAUACUCCCCAUCACAAAACAUCUGAAAUUUCAGCAGCUCCUUUUCCAGCACCCGAGCCCUCUAGUCCUCUUGCACCGGAGCCUUUGAGUCCUUUUACACCCGAGCAUUCCGGUCCAUCUAGCGAUGGAAAUGCCGAUAAUUCUACGGGUGCUUUCAAUGUAAGAAACUUUGGAGCUGUGGGGGAUGGUGUAACAGAUGACACAAAAGCAUUCAAGAUGGCAUGGGACUCUGCUUGUCAAUUUAAUUCUUCAGUCCUUCAUGUCCCUUCUGGUUUUUCCUUUGUGAUUCAGUCCACAAUUUUUACUGGUCCUUGUCAAGGUGGGCUGGUCUUUCAGGUUGAUGGUACACUUAUGCCUCCCGAUGGACCCGAUGUCUGGCUGGAGAAUAACAGCAAGCGCCAGUGGCUCGUCUUUUACAGAAUUGACGGUCUGUCCCUGCAAGGAAGUGGUCUCAUUGAUGGUAGAGGGCAAAAAUGGUGGGAUCUUCCUUGUAAGCCCCACAAGGGCAUAAACAGAACAACAUUGCCAGGACCAUGUGACAGCCCAAUUGCUAUAAGGUUUUUCAUGAGCUCCAACUUGACUGUGCAAGGACUUACAGUUAAGGAUAGUCCCCAGUUCCACUUCAGAUUCGAUGGUUGCAGGAAUGUCCAUGUUGAAUCCCUUCACAUAACUGCUCCAGCUCUGAGUCCCAAUACUGAUGGGAUCCAUAUAGAGAACACGAACGGUGUCGAAAUAUAUAACUCGGUUAUCUCUAAUGGUGAUGAUUGUGUAUCUAUUGGAUCAGGAUGCUAUGAUGUUGAUAUUAAGAACCUAACUUGCGGACCUGGUCAUGGAAUCAGCAUUGGAAGCCUAGGUAAUCAUAAUUCACGAGCCUGCGUCUCCAACAUCACGGUUCGAGACUCGGUGAUCAAGGCAUCGGAUAAUGGUGUUAGGAUCAAGACAUGGCAAGGUGGAUCUGGAGCUGUAUCGGGCAUAACAUUCAUCAACAUUCACAUGGAAAAUGUUAGGAAUCCGAUAAUAAUCGAUCAAUUCUACUGCCUCGUAAAGGGCUGCACGAACCUAACGUCAGCGGUUUACGUCUCAGACAUACUCUACGAAAGCAUCAAGGGAACGUACGACAUCCGAAGCCCUCCGAUGCAUUUUGCCUGCAGUGAUUCGGUUCCAUGCACAAACAUCACACUCUCCGAUAUCGAGCUUCUUCCGGCGAAAGGAGAUAUGGUCUUGGACCCAUUUUGUUGGAACGUUUACGGGGACAUGGAGACCCUAACGAUCCCGCCAGUCUCCUGCUUAAUGGAGGGUAUUCCUCGAACCAUCUUGGAUAAUAAGGAUAUGGGUUAUUGCGGAUGAUUUAGAAUGUUAAAACCUUAUCUUUUUUUUUAUAUAUAAAUCAUCAGCAAUACAUACAUU